GGGACAGUGAAACCGAGGCUAGGGGGAAUCUGCGCACCGCUGCUCUGCUGGAUUUACUCUCCGGAUCUGCUCUUCGUCUCCCCGCGUGUGUUUUUCUUCUGUUUUCGGGGCGAACAUGACGGCGCUGGGGGCCGAGCCCCUCCGGCACUCCCAGCUCGCUCCCUCCGCGCCGCAGCCGAGCCUCCUCGCGCUGGGCUCGAGCCCCAACGUGCCCCUGAACCGCGGCUUGGAGAGAGCGCUGGAGGAGGCGGCCAGCUCGGGCUUCCUGAACCUGAGCGCCAGGAAGCUCAAAGAGUUCCCCAGGACGGCCUCCAACUACGACCUGACCGACACGGUGGACGCAGACCUGUCGAAGAACCGCCUGACGGACGUUCCACCUGAAGUGGUCCAUUUAGUCUCCCUUGAAACGCUGAACCUUUAUCACAACUGCAUCAGAAGCAUUCCUGACAGCAUCAUCAGCCUGCAGUCUCUAACAUCACUCAACAUCAGUCGUAACCAGCUGUCGGUGCUGCCGGCGUGUGUGUGUGGUCUUCCACUGAGGGUCCUUAACGCCAGCAACAACAAACUCAAUGCUCUCCCCGAGAGCCUCAGCCAGCUCAGCAGCCUCAUGGAACUGGACGUGAGCUGUAAUGAGGUCACAGCCCUCCCUCGGCACAUCGGACGACUCAAAGCUCUGCGAGAACUCAACGUGCGGCGGAAUCUUAUCUGCGUCCUACCUGAAGACUUGGCUGAUCUACCUCUGGUAAAGUUUGAUUUUUCCUGCAACAAAGUUUCCACUAUUCCUGUCUGCUACCGCAAAAUGACUCAACUGCAGUCACUACAGCUUGAGAACAACCCACUACAGAGCCCCCCAGCUCAGAUUUGUAUAAAGGGGAAAGUCCACAUAUUUAAGUACCUGAUGAUGGAGGCCUGCCGUGGUGAUAAGAUGCCAGAUUCCCUUUACCUGCCAGUCAUGGACCGCCUCAGCCUAUCACGGCCCUCUGCUGGCAGUACGGAGGACAUCGAUCAGCACAAGAAACUUGACAGUGACUCCGGUGUGGGCAGCGACAACGGAGACAAACGCCUUUCAGCCACAGAGCCGUCUGAUGAGGACAGUCUGAGUCUCAAUGUGCCGAUGACCAACAUCACAGAGGAAGACGGAAUCAGCAAAGAUGACUCCACUGAACAUAUCAGCGCUCUAACAGCGGACAGAAGCCCCUCAGACUCCCUGAAGGAACCGUAUCACUGCAGAGACUCAGCCCUCAGCUCACGAUUUGUCAGUUAUAUCAAGGGUCGAGGAGGCGACUUUGACGAGCCGCUCAGAAUAGAAGAAGACAGUAACUGGGCCUCAGAGCAAAUGUCGAAGGUUGAUAUGAUCAGUCCUCUGAAGGAAGCUGUGGAGAUGCUGCAAGACCCUAACAGGUAUGCGAGGGUGAAUAUGAACUCGGCUGAUUUGUCUGGAAUUAAACUCUACCCAGUGGAAAUGGUCACCGUAGACGAGUCUCUUAAUGGCCAGGAGAGUGAUGAUGGACAGACCACUCCAAAGGAGGGUCCCGAUGAAGGCUGGGAGUUCCAGAGGAAGAGACAGUACAUUCUAGAACGGGCUCGGCUGGAGGCCCAGCUCGCGUGCCAGCAGUACGCGCUCCACAUGGCUCAAGAGGCGGAGAUGAUGUGUCAGGAGACGUCGAAUGAUCAUUAUACGCGUGAAGGGCAGAAGAGCGAAGCUCAGACCCCGGUGUCUUCGCCCCCGUUCAGCAGCCCCCCCUUUGGCCUCAAGCCCAGAUCAGCUCCACCCUCUGUCCCUUGCUCGCCCCCGCUUUGUCUCAGCCCCCUUACACAGGCCACGCCCAUCGAUAGAGACUCGGCCAAUAGCCCAGCUGAGGGAGGCAAGCCGAACAGUGUGUUCCUAAGGACCCAUAAGAGUCUGGAAUCAGUGGAUCCUCAGUUCACCAUGAGGAGGAAGAUGGAGCAGCUUCGAGAGGAGCUGGAGCUCAUGGAGCAACUCAGAGAGAGCAUCGAAAGCAGGCUUAAGGUUGCUCUUCCUGAAGACCUCGGCUCCUCCCUCAUGGAUGGGGUGGUUCUCUGUCAUCUAGCCAAUCACAUUCGACCCCGCUCUGUCGCCAGUAUCCACGUCCCGUCCCCCGCAGUACCGAAGCUCAGCAUGGCCAAAUGCCGCAGGAAUGUGGAGAACUUCCUGGACGCUUGCAGGAAGAUAGGCGUUCCUGAGGAUAAGCUGUGUCUGCCCCAUCACAUUCUGGAGGAGAAGGGGCUGGUUAAAGUGGGCAUCACUGUCCAGGCCCUGCUGGAAGAAGCCACAACCAAACAGAACCUUUUCACAUGAGAGGUCCAAAGCAUGCACUCCACGCUCAAACACGAAGCCCGUCUCUCUUCGGUUACGUUCACAUUACAGGCAGGGUUCCUUACAAACGUCUGUAAGACCUAAAAUAGACCUUUAAGGCCAUAAAAUGUCUGAAGGUUCCUCAAGUUCAGCUUUUAUAUCCUCUAUAUAUCCGGGAUGCUCUGGAGCUGCUGCACCUGGGCUUAAAGUCUCCAUGUCCAAUGCCAAGCAUGGGCUAGAGGGGUAUAAAGACCCCCAGCUCUGGGCUGUGGAGCAGUGGAACUCUUCUCUGCUGUGAUGGAGCUCCAUCCAAUACCUUCAGGAUGAGCUGUGUGGCUGGAAUCAUCCGAAAUCAAUGCAGUUUUCACACAGCAGCAAAUAUGUGCACCGCAAAAAAGGCAUCUUGUGAAGUAAAAUGAUUUUUAAUCUAGUUAAUAAAUUUAAUAUUUCUCCCAUUGAGAUUGUUAUAAGUAAUAAUUUAAUUUCUCAGCAUUUUUACUUGUUUUAAUUAGAUUUGUUUAGUAAAAGUAUCUCACUAACGUAAGAGCAGAGUAUUGAUUACAUUUGCGAUGUUUCCUAUUUGUGUAAUAAAAACGCUUUCUGGACAUUUAAUUCAAUUUCCAUCAAAUUGGUUGGCGAUCUAAACUGGGUUUGGACAUCAAAUCGAAAAAAAAGUGACCGGCCCUCAGCACAACCCAAAAGUGGCAGGUGGGGAAACAGGGAAUGUGAAUGGGGUGGGGAAACAUUCACGGCCAGUUGAAAUGCAUUUUAGCACGUUUUUAACAUUAAACAGUGGGUUAUCACCAUGAAACACGGUGGGUUCAGUACUGAGCUGUUAAUCUGAGUUUACACCGUCAGCCCAGGGACCCCAGCAGACCCCUCUCAGCUGAGCAGCUUCACACCACCGCCUCACUUUACUGGGCUUUUUUUCCAUGGUCGCCCCAUUAUUGCACAUAUUGUUUAUAUUAAUUCACUUUUAUAAUAAGUAUAAUCAGUUAAUUUAUAUUUUUAUGCAAUUAGAUUUCAUAAAACGUCAAAUAAAAUGCAGGAAAACACUACGGAAAACCGUUCCUUCUGUGGGAGCUGGUGUACGGAACACUGGCAGCACAAACUGAUGAUAAAGAUUUUUUAUUAUUUCUUUAAAAUUAUUGGCCCAAAUGUAACCAAUCAAAAUGCAUCUUGGUUGCUAGGCAGUCCAACCAAUCAUUACAUCCUGUAUGACCUCGGGUAUUUCCGCAUUAACUACUGAGACGCGAAAAGGGCCAACUGUACGGAAUACGGCGCUCUCACAUAUAUUAGCAGAUCAUUUUGCUUGUUAUGAGAAAUGAGCUUGAAACCAGCAAAAGUGAGAAUUUUACUGAACAAAAUUUCUUAAAACAAGUGAAAGGUGUCUAGAAAUGCCCAAGAGAAUCUUAUAAUAAGUGCACAACCAUCUCUAAAUAGGAAAUAUAUCAACUAGAUGUAAUGUAAUGAUCAUUUGGGGCAAUUGUGGGCUGGAGGUUGGGGAACUGGCCCUGUGAGGUCGCCGGUUCGAUCCCCAGAGCCGACAGUCCAUGACUGAGGUGUCCUUGAGCAAGACACCUAACCCCCAACUGCUCCCUGGGCGCUGUG